AAAACAGAGAGGGAGAGCAGGUAUCAAGCUUCUUUCUCUGUUUUAAAUGCUUUUGUAUGGAUUCAACAAGUCUGACGUGAGCCCCCUCCCUUCCUUUUAUUUCCCCUCAUCUUUAGGCUUUUCCCUUCUCUACAUAUAUUCACUUCUUCACUUUCUUUUCUUCUCCAUUCCUUUUCUUUCAUAUUUCAAUUUUCAUUAAAAAAAAAUGGCCCAAUUUUGCUUAUUUCUUCUUUUUAUCUAUCUUGUUUCUGUCCCAUGUGUUCUCUCUCGUUCUUUGUCAUCUUCUUCACAUCCUCACACCCAAAUCUUCGAUGUUGCAGCAUCCAUUGAGAAAACUGUUCAAGUUCUCACUCCUGCUACACAAAAUUUUCAACAAGAAGCAAUUAAGAAUACCCAUUUUAAUUCUUCUUCAAUAUCUGUUUCAAUUUAUCCUCGUUCAGCUCUUGUUAAGCCCCGCCAUAAAGAUUAUGCAGCUCUCACUCUCUCUCGACUCGAACGUGAUUCGGCCCGAGUUUCUUCACUCACCAUGAAGCUCCAGCUCGCGUUGAACAACUUUAAUCACUCGGAUCUCAAGCCGGUGGAGACCAUGGUACAGCCUGAGGACCUUCAGACUCCUAUUACCUCUGGAGCUAGUCAGGGGAGCGGUGAGUACUUUACCCGGCUCGGCUUGGGUCAACCGGUUAAGGAGUAUUACAUGGUGCUUGACACUGGCAGUGACAUCACUUGGGUUCAAUGUGAGCCGUGCUCUGAUUGUUAUCAGCAGUCGGAUCCAAUUUUUAGCCCGUCGAGUUCUUCUACAUACAGUCGGCUCUCUUGCGACGCAGCUCAGUGCUCGGCUCUUGAGGUUUCGGCUUGUGCUAGUACUCAAUCGUGUCUCUACCAGGUCUCUUAUGGAGACGGCUCGUUCACUGUUGGAGAGUUUGCAACUGAAACGGUGUCGUUUGGGAAAUCUGGUUCGUUCUCUGAAGUUGCUAUUGGUUGUGGCCAUGAUAACGAAGGGCUAUUCGUCGGUGCCGCUGGCUUGAUUGCUCUAGGCGGCGGCUCUUUAUCUCUACCAACUCAAAUCAAAGCGUCUUCGUUUUCCUACUGUUUCGUAGACCGUGACUCUGCUUCAUCCUCAACGCUGGAUUUCAAUUCGGCCCGACCCAGUGACUCCGUAAUCGCACCGUUACUCCGUAACUCGAGAAGGAGCACUUUCUUCUACGUCGGACUCACCGGAAUCAGCGUCGGUGGGCAGAUGCUGUCGAUUCCGGCGUCGGUGUUUCAGGUGGACGGAAGUGGUAGUGGCGGAAUAAUUGUGGAUUCCGGAACGGCGGUGACUCGGUUAAAGAGCACUGCUUACAAUACUCUACGUGACUCGUUCGUGAAGUACACUCAGCAUUUACCUUCCGCCGGGCAGUUCGCACUGUUUGACACCUGCUACGACUUGUCGUCGAUGACAAGAGCGAGUGUUCCGACGUUGGCGUUUCAUUUCUCCGGCGGCAAAACACUGCCAUUGCACCCGAAGAAUUACCUAAUUCCGGUGGAUUCGUCGGGAAAAUUCUGCUUGGCUUUUGCUCCGACGGAUGGGUCGCUAUCAAUUAUUGGAAACAUACAGCAGCAAGGGACACGUGUCAGUUAUGACCUGGCCAACAAUCUUGUUGGAUUUAGCCCCGACAAAUGUUGAGUAGGAAAUAGUAAAACACUUUGCAUCUCCAUUCUCCAGUAACUGCUUUUACCAAUAUUAAUUAUUAUUGUAAAAAUAUUAAAAGCAGUAUACUUUGUUGGAAGA